GAGGGGUGGCAGGGGAUGGGGAGAGUGGCCCAGCACAGGGAACCCAACCUGGCUGGCCAGAAGGGCUGGGAGGGGAGCCUGGGGUUCCAGACCAGGGAGGGAAAAAGGAACGCGGCCAGGUGGAGAGAGGUGCCUCAGACCAGAGAUAGGAAAACUCCCCUCCCUUCCCCCCUGCCCUCCUCAGCCUCCCAGUUCAGCCAGCAGCCAGCCCGGAGGGCGGCAGGCUCCGGCCCAGGGACCUACAGCGUGUGGGCACUGGGCACCGGCGUGCGGGGCGUGAAGGGCUACAGACGCGGGGUGCUGGGCCCUGGGGGGAGGGAGGGGGACACGCGGGACUGCGGGGGUUGCUGCGGGACACGGGCGGGGCGUGGGGAGUUCUGGACGCUUCCGGGGUGUGCGGGACCCGGAGUGCAGGGCCGGAAGUGUGCGGGUCGGGUGCGGGGCGGGGAUGCGGGCCAGAAACGCAGACUGGGUUGUGGGCCGGCGCGGGCCGGGUGGGGGCCAGGCACGGUGGACGGUCACGUCCGCGGCUCAGGUGCAGUCAGGUACCCACUGUACCAGCUGGGCAACCCCCAGCUACGAGUCUUCCGCACCAACUUCUUCAUUCGGCUGGUGCGGCCCGGCACGGCCCAGCCUGAGGACACCGUGCAGUUCCGGAUCCCCAUGGAGAUGACCAGGGUGGACCUCAGGAAUUAUCUAGAGCGUAUUUACAACGUGCCCGUGGCCGCCGUGCGGACGAGGGUGCAGCACGGUUCCAACAGGAAGAGGGAUCACAGAAACGUCAGGAUCAAAAAGCCAGACUACAAGGUGGCCUAUGUGCAGCUGGCACACGGACAGACCUUCACAUUCCCAGAUCUGUUUCCUGAGAAGAAGCAGAGUGAGGGCAGCACCGCUGUGGACGAGGACAUCCAGGACAAGUUCCUGGAAGAGCAGAGGGAGAGGCAGAGGCACGACCCUCGGCGCGGGGGCGUCCCCAACUGGUUUGGCCUGUGACGGGCCCCAGCUCUGACAGCUCUAAUAAAAAUCUCGCUUGUGGAGAGACGA